AUGUCUGAAUAAGGAGAAGAAUAAUAAGGAGAUGAAUUAUAAGAGGAUGAAUAAUAAUAAUAAGAUUAAUAACCAUUUCAAAUUGAUACCUAAAUUGUAAUAUUAUAUUUCAUUUUAUCAAGCCUCCUGAAGAUGCAAAUGUCUUUAUGACUCAAUAAAAACUUGAAUAGAAUUAAGUCUGGAAAUGUUUUGAUUUCUUAUUUCCAGCUGGAAAAUUAGCUAAACUUAUAAAAGUUAAUUAUACACAACCAAAAACAUUUCCAAUGACUGAAAUACUUACAAAAUUGAAAUUAGAUGAUGGAUUACCUGUUGUUAAUUUUAUUGGUUGCAGACAAAAUUUUGAUAAUCCAAAUUCUAAUCGUGGCAAAUUCUAUGCUGGUAUUGCUAGAGCAUGUCAUAAUACUGAUGCUGUUAUUAUUGAUAAUGGAAUAACAACUGGAAUAGAAAAAUUUAGUCUUAGAAGAAAUUGUACUGUAUUUAUCAUAUUCAAAUAUAGCUUAUUGGUGUUGCAUCUGAAUAAAUUGUAUCAUAUCCAAAAUUGAAUCCUACAAAAAUUGAAAAAAAUGAAUUAAGUAAUGGUCAUACACACAUCUUUUUAAUUGGAGGUGAAAAUGUUCAUUUAGGAACUGAAGCAUUAUUUAAAAUUAAUUUAUGCAAAGCGUAUAAUAUUAAUUAUUUAUAUUAGAAUUGCAACUGGUAAAAUUAGUAAAACUUAAGGAAGACCAAGAUGUAAAAUUGUUAAUAUUCUAUUUGCUGAUUCUAAUGAUUGUUUUGAUGAAAUUAGAGAAGCCAUUAUUAAUAAAUUACCUAUUAUUGUUGUCAGGGGAUCACAUCUUUGUAAUUAAUUUAUAGAUCAAGAAAAAAUACUUGAUGCAGGUAUUAUUUAUUUAUUUCAUCAUAGAAUUUGAGGAUAUUAUGACUGAUAAAGAUGGAUUCUUCUUUCCAUUAAAAAAACUAGAUUCAGAAGUUAUUGCAUAAAUGGUACAUUAUCUUUUGACAUAUACUCCAUAAAAACCUAAAUAAUAAUGA